GGAAGUUGUUUGGGCGUUUGUUUUUACUGGUCUGAGAAAGUUUAAUUGUUAAAUCGUCCCGGUUUUGAUAAUGUAUUCACGUUUUGUUUUUUGAAAACAAAACUGAGUAAUUCAUUAGGUGGUAUUAGCGCCAUUCAAAAACAAACUAUUAUUUAUCAGUUCUGAUUGUGUUUAAAUGGGGCUCGCUGAUCUAUUUUUCUGGCGCAUGUUUUGAUUAGACGACAGUUAAAUAUAUUUUAACGGUUUCAGAGUUGCAAAGGCGUCAGUGAAUUCAAGAAGGAAAAAAAUAAAAAGCAAACUUCAUAGUUUCUCAAAAUGGCAAAGCCUGGGCUUCCCUUACCUAAAAUGGCGGCCGGACGGCUUCACUCGCUAUAGAAGCCCAUUCCCCGCCCUGUUAUGUGAGGGCACGCCCCCAGUAAGCUGGUUACACUGGUUUCUGUUGCGAUGAUACGGUCGUUUAGAAACGGGGCUGGAUCUGUCAGUUUAGUUUUAACUGUGCUGGGCUUGAGAUACGCCACUUGUUCCGGGAAAGAUCGAUUGCUGUCUUGCCUGUCGAAGCCUCCUCUCUCCCAGUGCUCCCAGUUCUCCCAGUCUGCUCCGGUUUGCUUUCUCGCCAUGCCGCCCCUCCACUCGAACGCGCGCUGCCGGGUGUACCCGGGCUCGGAUGUGGCGCGGUGGCCCGUCCCGAACGAGGGGGUAAGCUGGGGGUCAGCGUGCCCGCAGUACAGCCCGGUCCGGUAUACAGCGCCGAACGUGAGCAGCGGGCCAGUGUGGGCCGACCCAGAGAUUGGAGUGGACAGCGGGUUCUGUCCUAAGUUCAAUGCGCUGGACAAUGCAGUGGACAGACGCAGCCAUGAGGGGACAUACAGAGUGGAGAACGGCUACCCACUGAACCCUCAUGGUCGAACUGGGAUUACUGGGAGGGGCUUACUGGGACGCUGGGGUCCCAAUCAUGCUGCCGAUCCCAUCAUCACCAGGUGGAAGAGAGACAGCGAGGGAAGGAAGGUUUUGCACCCGGGUUCAAAGAAUCCCAUCCUGCAGUUUGUGUCAAUCAAGCGCAAGGACUGCGGAGAGUGGGCCAUUCCAGGGGGAAUGGUGGAUCCGGGAGAGAGGGUCUCGGUGACUCUGAGGAGGGAGUUUGGGGAAGAGGCCCUGAACGCACUGCAGAAAACAAAGGAGCAGAGAGAGACGCUGAAGCAGCAGAUCACAGAGCUCUUCAACAGCCCCAGCUUUCAGGUGUAUAAAGGCUACGUAGACGAUCCCAGAAACACCGACAAUGCCUGGAUGGAGACUGUAGCUGUCAACUACCAUGAUGCCUCAGGUUCCAGUGUGGCUCAGUUGCCUCUGGAGGCCGGUGACGACGCUGGGAAGGUGGCCUGGGUGGAGAUCGACUCCACUCUCCAGCUGUACGCCAGCCACGCGCGAUUCCUUGAGAUAAUCGCACGGGAGCGAGGCGCGCACUGGGAGUGACAUCAUCACACACGCGAGCGCGUGACAUCAUCACGCUGGGAGCGACAUCAUCACACACACACAUGCAUGACAUCAUCACACACACACAUGCAUGACAUCAUCACACACACACAUGCAUGACAUCAUCACACACACACAUGCAUGACAUCAUCACACAGAUGCACGCGCACACAUGCAUGACAUCAUCACACAGAUGCACGCGCACGCACACACAUGCAUGACAUCAUCACACAGAUGCACGCGCACGCACACACAUGCAUGACAUCAUCACACAGAUGCACGCACACACACACGAACGCAUGACAUCAUCACGGUACGCUGGGAGGGACAUCAUCACGUACACACAUGACAUCAUCACACAGACACACGCGAGAGCAUGACAUCAUCACGCACAUACAUGACAUCAUCUCACACACACAUGCAUGACAUCAUCGCAUACCGGGAGUGAGGAUCAUUGUGGAGUGUGUUCAGGCAUGGAAAUAAGACUCCUAUUGCACAGCAGUGUGAUCCAUUCCAGGUUUUACUACCAGCUUGAUCAGCCCCCAGUGUGUCUAGGUAACAAGCUCAGAUGUGUCUGAUUAUUAAACUCCCAGUGAAACCAGGAAUGAAUGUGUGUGUAACCAAUGUGUUGAAUGUGGUGCUGCAUUUGAAAAUAAAAACUACUGACAGAUUUAA